UGUUUUCGUUGAUAUUGCAACUUGGUUUAGUGUCUUACUGUGAAUACAUGGAGAAGAAGCUCAUUUCAAUGGCUCCUCUGCUUUUAAUACUGUGUCUUCCUUUCGCAUUUGGUGGGCAUGACUAUAACCAAGCUCUAAGUAAGAGCAUUCUCUUCUUUGAAGCUCAAAGAUCUGGGUAUAUUCCUCGUGACCAGAGAGUCUCAUGGAGAGCUAAUUCCGGCUUGAAUGACGGCAAGGCCAGUGGGGUGGAUCUGGUAGGAGGGUACUACGAUGCAGGGGACAAUGUGAAGUUUGGGCUGCCAAUGGCAUUCACCAUCACAAUGAUGUCAUGGAGCAUAAUAGAGUACGGUAAGCAAAUGGCGGCGAAUGGAGAGCUCGGCCAUGCCAUGGGAGCCGUCAAGUGGGGCACUGAUUAUCUCAUCAAGGCUCACCCUGAACCUUACGUCCUUUACGGAGAGGUGGGAGAUGGAAACAGUGACCACUACUGUUGGCAAAGACCAGAGGACAUGACCACUGACCGCCAUGCUUACAAGAUUGACCCAAGCAACCCCGGGUCGGAUCUCGCCGGUGAGACCGCCGCAGCCAUGGCUGCCGCCUCAAUCGUCUUCCGCCGCUUCAACCCAGCGUAUUCCACCGAGCUCCUUCGACACGCUUAUCAGCUAUUCGAAUUUGCUGAUAAAUACAGAGGCAAAUACGACAGCAGCAUCACAGUUGCCCAAAAGUACUACCGAUCCGUCAGUGGCUACAAUGAUGAGUUGUUGUGGGCUGCAGCAUGGUUGUACCAAGCUAGUAACAAUGACUACUACUUGAACUAUCUUGGAAAGAAUGGUGACUCUAUGGGUGGAACCGGCUGGGCCAUGACCGAGUUCGGUUGGGACGUCAAGUACGCUGGGGUUCAGACCCUCGUCUCCAAGUUCUUGAUGCAAGGCAAAGCUGGUCUCCAUGCUCCAGUGUUUGAGAGGUACCAUCAGAAGGCAGAGCACUUCAUGUGUGCAUUGAUUGGAAAGGGUAGCCGUAAUGUUCAGAAGACUCCCGGUGGUUUGAUUUUCCGACAGCGAUGGAACAACAUGCAGUUCGUAACGAGCGCCUCGUUUUUAGCCACCGUGUACUCUGACUAUCUCACAUCCUCUAGAGGAACCUUGAGGUGUGAUGCUGGCAAUGUUGCACCAUCUCAGCUUCUUUCUUUUGCUAAAUCUCAGGUGGAUUACCUUCUAGGGGACAAUCCAAGAGCUACAAGUUACAUGGUUGAUUAUGGUAACAAUUUCCCACGACAAGUUCAUCACCGAGGCUCUUCAAUCGUUUCAAUCAAGUUCCACCCUCAAUUUGUCGCGUGCCGACAAGGUUAUGCCACUUGGUAUUCAAGGAAAGCAAGCGAUCCCAACGUCCUCACCGGUGCUGUGGUUGGAGGGCCUGAUGCGUACGACAACUUCGCUGAUGAAAGAGACAAUUAUGAACAAACAGAGCCUGCUACCUACAACAAUGCUCCUCUUCUUGGCAUACUGGCUAGACUUGGGGGUGGUCAUGCCGGUUACAACCAGCUGCUUCCUGUGGCUAUCCCAGCUCCUAAACCAGUUGCUGCCAAACCGAAGACCGAGCCAAAAGCCAAACCGACUCCUGGUACUGCAGCAUCUUAUAGUCCAAUUUCCAUACAGCAGAAGGUGACAAAGUCCUGGAAUGCAAAAGGAAGAACUUACUACAGAUAUUCCACAGUGGUGACCAACAAGUCCUCCAAGACACGAAAGGAUCUCAAGCUGUCCAUAUCAAAGCUCUAUGGUCCUAUAUGGGGUCUCACUAAAUCUGGGAAUUCUUAUGGUCUCCCAACACAUCUCAACCCUUUACCUGCAGGAAAGAGCAUCGAGUUUGUGUACAUCCAUGCUGCUUCUCCUGCUGAUGUCUCGGUUUCGAGCUACGAUUCGGCUUAAGAGAAGAAGAUUGGUGAUACAUAUUGAAGGUUCCAAAUAGUUUCUGGAUUUGUGCAGCCAUACAAAAUGCAGUGUCCUUGUUUGAUUAGGGGUUGUAGUUCAUAUUAGGUAAAAAUAAUAGUGGAAGAUGGGAGGAGAAAGGAGUGAAGAGAAAUUAAAGGAGUUGCUCAUCCUCUUUCUCCCUCUGCUUCAUUUGUUAUUAUAUAUCUAAUAGACAUGAUUGAGAGGCAUUCAAAGAGUAAGUUAAUGCCAAAUUGACUUGUCAUAUGGAUUGCAAAGGGUCUUGUUUUUCAUAUGUACUUCACAGCAGCCAUUUCCUUUUCU